AUGACGAGCAAGAAAAAGGAACCAUUGGCUCGGUUCCCGCCGCCUGGUCAAAACACGGCAAGCAACCAAGGACCAAAACCCCACAACUCGACAACUCAACAACACAAUAACCAAGGACCACAACCCCACAACUCAACAACACAAAAAAUAAACAAGAACUACAACCACAACUCAACAACACAACAAACAAACAAGGCUAAUAACCACAACAACUACCAAGGACUACAGCCACAACAACAACAACACCAAGAAACCACAAAAGCUCACCAACAACCCCACUCCACAACACCAAACCAACAACCCCACAAGCCCACACCCAACCACUCACAGCAGCACCAAAAAAGCACAACAGCUCCCCAACAACAACAACAACAACAACCCUUAACUAUAACAACUCAACAGAAACUCACAAGCUCAACAACUUCCCAACACUCAAGCACAACAACCUUCAAACACACAGCGCAAUAA